AAUAGGAAACAGUACAACCACAAUAUUGCCAGAGGUGGACUGGGUGGUAUAUUAGUGGUAUAUUGGAAUGAUGGUGAUGGGUGAUAUUGGUGUAUUGGUUAUAAGAGAUGAUUGGCUGUGGAUAGUGAAGGUGGCUUGAGUGAAGUGAGCUAUUGGGUUCUGGUGGUCUUUAUGAAGCCUCAAAGAUGGAGUUAAUUACUGCUGGCAUCUAAUAUUGGAGAAGAAAUUGUCAAUUUCGUAUACAAGCAAACAUCACGUUCUAGGAUUGAACAAAAAGUGAAGAGUUGUAAUUGACAAGAACUUCAAGUUCAAGUAACCAGGCAUAAUUAUUAAUAUUAAAAUGCUGCAAUGAAUGAUGCUGUGGCACAAGCAUUGUGGCUAUGGGGCUUCAGACAUAGUGGUUAGGAGGGUUCACUUGGUUCAAGUUUUGAGGCACUCUGUUUAGAGGGAGGUCAGUAAAGCUUGAGUUACAGUUGGAGCAUGGCCGAAGGGGGUGAUUGGACCAGCCCUGAGGCAUGGGACCAAGUUCAGACCUACAUGGUUCCAUAUGGAUUGUACCUCUGGAUGAAGGACCUUGAACGGCGAAAGAUAGAGGCUGAGUUUCGAGCAAAUGUGGCGGAAGAAAAGCUGCGCGUAAUGGAGCAGCAGCUAGCGGCAGUGAACUGGCAGCCAGAUGACUUUGAGCGUCACAUCCGCGACCUUGAGCGUCAGUGUCGGGACAAGGACAGACGUGUGGUGGAGCUGCAACUGCAGUUUGAGGAACAGCGAGUUCUUCGCCAGGAAGAUGCCAAAGUUGUGGAGGAGAAGGCAGCAAGAAUAAAGGACUGGGUCUCAGGAAAACUGUCACAGCUGGAGAUGGCGAACCAUGAGCUGCGUCUGAAGAACGAGAUGUUGUCGGACCAGGUGGAGACUCUACGAGAGAGACUGCAGGCCCUGCCAGUGUCUGAGGCCAAACAUAUACACAAGAUCAGUAGCCAGGAACAUUCUGGGCCACAAACUGCAUCUCAGGAAUAUGCCACAGCAACAAGGGCACAGAGGUCAAAGCCUCAGUCUCGUCUAGACCAAUCAGAUUAUAGCAACAUAUCAGCUUCUCAGGGAACCAAUGUAACCGACAAUGAAGUGGACAAAAAUGAUUAUUGUGAUGACACUAACCUUGAACUGACCAAUGGAAAUUCACGACCAGAGUCUGACCUCUCAACCUCAUUUUCCUAUACAAGGUUAAAGGGCAUGUGGUCAAGGCCAGUUUCGAGUGUGACUGGUUCAAGACCAGAGUCUGAAAUACAAAGCUCAAGACCAGAAUCUCAGUCAACAUAUUCAAGACCUCACAAACGGCCAUCUUCCUCGAUCAUCGAAGCCUUGGAGAUAGAAAACGAGCUUUUUAACUAUGGCCUUGACCCAGGUCAAAGGAUAUCAGAUAUUGAUAGGGAGAGUCCAUUGUUUGACCUUGGUGACACGGUAUCUGAAAAUGGCAGCAAUGUAAGCAUGGGAGAAAUAGAAAUGGAUCCAUUGUACCAGGAAGUUGACCAGAACCAUGAAAGUGUUUAUGAACCUAAAAAACCUGCCCCACCACAGAUAAGAAUUGAACGGAAGAUUUUUCAGGAAAGAAUGGACUCAUUUGUAAGUUCUAGCAACGACAGCGAAGACAUGCUGGAACGGAUAAAUCAUCGUCCUAUCUACGCAACAUCUGAUAAGCCCAUGAUGCAAGUGGAACCAAUGAGCCGAAGCUUUCAUUUCGAGCCCCAGGCACAUUCGUCACAAUGUAUGCUAGAUGACGAAGUGUUUUCCAUGGGGCAAACGUCACCGGUAACCAUCACGUCUUUGAGUCCUCACUCCCCGAGGUCUCCAGCCACAGUGCGGUCUCAGAGAACGCCACAUUCCUCCCUCACGUCACACAGCUCCCCUGCCAGUAUACCUCAUUCUGUCUUGCCUACUACGCCACAACUCCCAGACCUCAUUUCGUCACCAACAAGCAACGAUCACAAACAUCAGCCACGUCUUUCACCAUGUUUUUUUAAAACGUCUAGUUCGAACACAUUUUCAUCCAAUGCAACGCUUCCGCGUCGACCAAUUGACCGCAGCAAAACCCAGCCAGUUCAUUUUAAUUUUGAAGAGUCUGUGAUAGCCCCCUCUCGCAGCGAUGGUCAGGUGGUUUCUGCGGAGAUCCACAGUGCACCUGCCACGGUCAGUCGGCAAGCGUCUCGAAAGGAUACUUCACCAAAAGCCUCACGUGCUAGGCUUAACACUUGGAGUUCCAAAGCAUACCCGAAUGUUCCCAGGGAAAGAAAAACAAAAGAAGCCUCAUUUUCGGACCAUUGCUCAGCUAAGGACCUCUACAAGGAUGUCAGUGUGCCGGUGUUUGCCACCCUUAAAGGGAAAGCUCGGCAGAUCCGUAACACUCCUUUCACGGAGGAAAGUGCCGAGUCAUCAGAGGACGAGGGCACCAGUGACCCUGAAGGUGGCGCUCCUGCAACACCGCGCACCAUCGCCCGACGGCUAAACACCACCAGUACCGGGGCAACCAAGCGUGGUGGUUGUACCAGGCAGUCUAACGGUUCGGAAGUGUCCGGGGAUUACGCCAGCCCACCAGAUAACGUCACUGUCAGCAGUGACUCAGACACCACAGAGCCGGAACAGAAACUGGUGAAAUACGAGGAAAACAAGCAUGACACACUAGACAAAUGUGGUUACCUAUCGAAGCUUGGAGGAAAGGUGAAGACCUGGAAGAAACGCUGGUGUGUCCUCAGGGGAUCAGAACUCUACUACUAUAAGUCACAGCAUGACAUGCUCAAGAAGCCCCAAGGCUGUAUCAAACUGGAUGAUCAGACCAAGAUCUCAAGGACCCAUGGAGAACUCACAUUUGAGAUCACAAAUUCCAAGAGAACUAUUUAUCUAUCAGCAGACACCUUCACAGAGACUGAUAGAUGGGUUCGAGUGCUACAGAAAGUGUUGAAGCGUCAGGCCAACAGCUACCUGCUGGAUCAGGUAGAAACAAAGGCUGUGAUCAAGGGCUACCUCACAAAAGUGAAGAAUGGAGUGACCAAAAAAUGUUGGUGUGUUUUACUUGGUGGCUAUUUCCUGUACUACAAGUCAUCAAGCAGCAAGACGCCGUAUGGUCAGAUCGACCUGCAGGGUGCCCGUCUUGAGGAGAUCAGCACUCCCAGUGAGUCAGACGAAGAGGCAGAGGUUGCCGUAGCGACCAAACAUGUGAUGGCAAUAUGGCCGCCCUACCAGGGUCCGACCUACCUCAUUGUGCCGACCAAGCUCGAAAAGGACUCGUGGCUGUACCACCUGACAGUGGCUGCUGGGGGAGGGACAGGCAAUGUGGGCACACACUUGGAGCAGCUCAUUGCCAAACUCAUGCAGGUUGAGGGUGACCAAAACAGUGUGUACUGGAAGCACCCAGUGUUGCUGCACUCCAAGGAGCCUGUGUCUGGCCCCCUCACCACCCUGCCCUCCAAACACCUCCAGAAACAGGCCCUGGAACUCUGUCAGGAGGUUCACCAGUUCAUGUGCACCCUGAUUGAUUCGCAGUCCCUGGCAGUGCACGUUAAUCUGGCCCAGUCCAUUCUGCAUCAGUGUAUCCAGCAACCCCAGCUGCAGAAUGAACUCUUCUGUCAGCUCAUCAAGCAGACGUCACGACACCCGGUGCAGACACGCUCAACUGUACAGAACCUGCUGCUGUGUGGCAAGCAGUCCUGGUACCUGUGCCACACAACCCCGACCUCCCCGAGUAACUCAAUACUAGACCUUACAGCCGAGUCCAAGAUGAACCCUCCGUCGUAUGUGAUCGUACAGGGCUGGCAGCUUCUCGCUAUGUGUGUGUCACUCUUUCUGCCCAAGCAGUCAGUCAUGUGGCUCCUGAAAAUGCAUCUCCAUAGAAACGCUGACCAUAGAACGGAUACAGGUAAAUACGCAAUAUUCUGCCAGAGGGCGCUGACACGGAGUCAACAGAACGGCUUGCGUGAGGUGAAGCCCUCGCGUAUGGAGGUGAUGUCCAUACUGCUGCGACACCCCUACCAUCAUUCACAGCCUCUCAGUAUUCCUGUGCACUUCCUCAACCACAGCUACCAGGUGAUAAGUUUUGAUGGCUCAACGACGAUCCAGGAGUUCCUUCAGGCAAUUAACAAGUCCCUGGGCGUACAGGACUGCGCCUACUCAGGGUUCGCACUUUAUUCUGAUGAUCCAAUCAUCGCAGAUGUGGAGACCUGCCUGCAGAAUCAUGUUAAAAUUUGUGAUGUGAUAUCAAAGUGGGAGGAGUGUUUCCGUGAGUUCCAUGGCGGAAAAUCAGAGACCAGUCGCUCAAUCAAACUCCUCUAUAAAAACAGGUUGUACUACAAGAGCACGAGCAGGUUUGAGACAGACCGAGAGAAGCUGCUGCUCACCUACCAGAUCAACGAGGAGAUUGUGUGCAGCCGUUUUCCGCUGAACCGUGACCUCGCGCUGGAACUGGCCUCGCUCAUGGGUCAGAUAGAGUACGGGGACCUGAAGGCUAGUGACGCGGGGUUGAACCAUCACGUCUCACAGGUCCUUGAGAGGUUCUACCCAAAGAAGUAUAAGGACGCACUAGAUGAAGGCCUGAGGAAGCUGCAGGACAGGCUGGUUGAGCGUUGGAGCUCCCUACGGGGGCGGAGUCAGCAGGACUGUGUCAGGGUGUACCUGGCCGUGGCUCACAAGUGGCAGUUCUGUGGGGCCAAGCUCUUUCUCACCAGGGAAAGGGAGACCACUUCUCCAGACGAUGUUUGGUUGGCUGUACAGGAGGAAGGAGUUGCUGUCCUUGAAUACUCCACCAUGCAACCCAUCCACCAGUACGACUUUCGUUCCGUGGUGACAUUCGGUGGCUGGAAUGAUGAUCUCAUGAUAGUCGUCAACCAGCUGCUCGAGUCUGCUCCACACCACUACGAACACCGCACUCAGAAACUGCUCUUCAUUCUUGCAAAACACAAGAUUUUAGAGGCGACCCAUCUCAUAGCCAGCUAUAUCAACUCGCGGGUACAGAGACAGUCACAGGAACCCAACGGUGGACUUGUGUGAACAUGCGCAGUGGGGCACUUGAAAAAUGUUGUCCCUUGUCUUUGGGAUUACAUGUUAUUGGGGCCCUUGGCCUAACAAGGUCACAAAGCUUAUUAUUGGUAAUUUAAAAAAAAAAGCCUGAUUGUCUCACGAUACCUCAUGUACAUAAAUAUUUCAUUUGUUUAUGUUCACCAAUUUUCUCAUAUUUAAUAUAUUUGUACACAGUACUCAAUAUUACUUGUCUCAAAAUUGGUCUGAGUGGCAGAUUACUUUUUAUGCCAACAGAUCGAAUGAUCGGGGAAAUAUUGUUUUUUGCCCGUCUGUCAUUGUAUGUGUGUGUCUGUGUGUCUGUCACAAAACUUUAACCUUGGUCAUAACUUUUGCAAUAUUGAAGAUAGUGAAAGGUCAAGAUCAUCCUUCAAGGUUAAAGGUCAAAUAUAUGGCUUCAAAGCAGCGCAGUAGGGGGCAUUGUGUUUCACAAACAAAGCGCUUGUUUUUCUAUUAAACAGUACAAUUAUCACAGACUAUUUUUAAGUUUGUUUUCAAAUUAAAACGUUCAAAUCACAUAUAUCAAAAUUUUUGUCUUACAUAUUUUUCAUCAAAUUUAAAGGAUAUUUUCGGCACAUAUUAAGCAAGGUUGAUAAGACUUUAGCAUUUUGAAAGGUGUCUGUUUCUGAUAUAUGUCGCAACAUUGGUUUUAUUUACUCUCUCCAGUGUUAAAAAAUUUGGGCACAUGUGGCUCUAGUAGAUUUUACAUGACUUAAUGUGAUGUAAUAGUUAUUUGUUGAUGUUUUUGUUGUGUUGUUUCCUUUUACUGUUUUGUCCUUCAUCAUCACUAUGCAUACUGUUCAUUUUUAUUGUCAGUUGGCCAGUUGGUUUUAAUGUUAUUUCUGGAUUAGUCUGAUAAACUUUUAUGUUCUAAUGUUACAUUAAAGCAUGGUUAAUAACUUGUCAUUUGUACAUAAAUACAAUUGUGACAAGCAAUUCAAAUGUUCGUCCAAAUGAAUAUUGAAUGGAAUUUUUGAGAGAAAAAAAUUGUAGCCUUAUAGCUAGAAUGGGUCAAUUUUGAUGGUAUAUUUAAUUUUGAUAUUUAUUGUAAUUACGUUAACAGUGAAUCCCUGCAAGACUUCAUCAAACCCAUUCGAACCAUGACAAGUGUUUUUACAACAAUAAUUUGAAUGUCUUUUUAACAAAAAAUUGCCCAGCAGAUCACAAGUGCAUGAUAAAGUGUCUUGAGGAGACUGUAAAAUUUCUUUCGAGAUGUCUUUCUUGUAAAAAUAGUAUUUGUACCUGAAGAAAUGAUUUUUCAUUUAGUUUUUACUUUUAUCUGCUGUGUCUUAUUUAAAUGCCGGAGGUUUGGUUCCAAAUUAACAAAUGUUCUUAAUUUUUGAGUGCUACUAUACUAUUUCUUCCAGACUUUUUAUUCACUAGUAGCACUUGUGAAAACAUGUAUCUAGCUUCCCUAGUAUCUUUUUUUCUUUAAGUACAAAAUGCACUCACACUCCUAGUGAGAUAAUAUUGUAUUUUAAAAUGUAAUUUAUGAAAGCUUCAGUUCUUGUUCCACUAACGAACCUCUGUAUAUUACAUGUAACUUGUAAUGUAAAUGUAUGAAGAUUGUACAGUGGUUAAAGCAAGCUUGUCUUCUUAUAGCAUCUUAAGCAUAAUAUUUGGCAGUUGCAAUAUUUAAUUUGUGCAAAAGUAUGUGAUGCAUUUGCAACUUUUGUGAUAUUUGUUUUAUGAGAAGAUGCAUUGGUUUAAAAAAGUUAUGUUACAUAUACAAAUGUAGUUUGUAAGUGCAUGUUGAUUUAUGUAUGUCUCCAUUAUAAACAAAUUUGAUUUUGACGACAUACAUAUAUGUUUUGUACAAAUGGUAAACAAACAAUAUUAGUUUGGAAUUUCUCAAUUUCUCUGAAAAUGAUGCCGAGACAGUUGGUGUCAACACAUAUGCCAUGCUUUUUAAGUAUUACCAGUUGUGUGUAUAGUUAACUGUGAUAACAUAAAAAAAUGGCAUUGAAUCACAUGGACAUAGUAUUUAAAAGGUGAAAUAUGUAUGCUUCAAUCCAUUUAUCAACACUAUUGUAUUCAUAACAAGAGUCUUGUUUGUGGAAACCUGGGCUUUUAAUUAUUUCAUGUGUGUAAAGUGUAGUCCCAGAUUAGCCUGUGUUGUCUGCACAGGCUAAUCAGGAACAACAGUUUAUGCUUUUAUGGUAUUGCUGCUUUAAAGGAACACUACUGAUCAAAUCACCAGUUUAGGCGGACAGUGUCAUCCCUGAUUAAUCUGGGACAACAGUUUACGCAUAUGCAUUUAGCCCAGUUUUUCUGUAACAAUGCUCAUAUUUUUAUCUAUGUGAAAACCAAAUACGUGUGUUGCUCUGAUAGCGAUUUCACUGUUUUUUUUAUCAAGUUACUAAUAAUAUGAUUAUAAUAUGGUAUUAAGACUAAAGUAUAUCACAGAAUUACUCAGUUUAGUUGAAGCAAUGGAAUAAGAGGCUACACAUUUCAGCUUUUGAACAUUUGUUGUCCCUUAACCCCUUAACGUAUGUGUAUGAAAUUGAUUGAACUCAGGGUUUUAUUGUUAAUGAAUUUGUUUUAUUAAUUUGCUAUUGAUACAAUCAUGAAGAUGUUAUGAUUCAUGCAUUUACAGUAUUGAAAUAUACUUUCAGUUUUGUUAUGUACAGUGGGGUAAAUUGAUCAUGACAUUGUUAAUUUGUUAUAUUUGUAAUAUUAUUAAAGAGCAAUAUUUUGCCAACUGUCAAUCAAAGUGACAACAUAACCAAUCAAGUUCCCUUUUAUUGCCGCAGCAUGGUCCGUAAAAACAAAGAGUAACAGAGUAACGGAAUUAGCAUUUUAUGUAAACAAAACUAAGUGGGCAGAGUGAUUGCUUAUUUGGCGAGUGGUCAAUGGCCUUUUAACUGUACAAUAAUCUUUGAUGUAAUGUAUGUGCUAUUUUAUGAUUUUACCUGCUAGACUUUGGUUGUUACACAACAAGAAAGUGUAAGAUUAUAAAAUUCAAAUCUUGA